CCCUCCCCCCCUCCCCCUGCCGUUUGCAUUGUAUAUUCUAUCGUCCAGGAAACCAUGGCUCUCCUGCAUCGCAUCUUCAACACCUUUGCCUAUGUGCUCUUCCUUUGGUUCAACCUCAGGGCCCUGCUGUCCAUCAGCGACGAGCCCGAGUACAACAACUACUAUGGUUCGCACGCCACCUAUUUGACCCCCGCUCCUUGGGCCUUCGCCAUCUGGGGCCUCAUCCAGCUGCUCUUUGGUGGCUUCGUUAUCUGGCAGUGGCUCCCUGGAACUGAGGAAAUCGUCCGCCACGGCUUCAACGUGUGGUUCAUUGUUGCGGCUGCCUUCUCCUCCAUCUGGUUCGUUCUUUGGGAGGAAAACUACCUCGUCCUGGCCCUCGUUGUCCUGGUUCUGGCCACCGGUGCCGUUUCCAUCAUCUACUUCCAUCUCGCCAACCUCUAUCCCUCCCAGUCGCCUGCCCAAACUCUCUUUGUCCAUGCCCCCGUCUCCCUCUGGCACGGCUGGCUCGUCUUUGUCUUCUGGCUCAACCUCCUCGCCAUCUUCACCACCGUCAACGACCCUGUCCAUCCUGACUGGAUCCACACCUUGGUUGUGCUGCUGGUCAUUGUCCACCUGGCCAUCACCUCGAUGGCCUACACCCAGUACAAGAGCCAAUACGGCGACCUCCCCGGCGCCUUUGCCGUCAUCUGGGCCCUGGCCGCUGUUGGUGCCCAUCAAGCGGCCGUGUCGAUCCACUACUCCGCCUUUAUCGCCGUUGUCGUGGUCGUUCUCUACGCUCUUGGCCAGCCCGCUCGUGCCCGCUACCUUGCCUCCAACGCCGAGACCCGCCCUCUGCUUGGAUAGAUGCCGUUUGCGAGCAAGAUGCUUGCCACAGGCCAUGCGCCUGCUCGGCGGUUGUGCGAACGGCCGUUUGCACUGACUGUACUUGGCCAGAUUCAUGUCGACUUUGUCCCUCACUUCCUCCAUCCAGUCCAAUCCAAUCCGCAAUUAUUAUUAUUUUGAAUCGUCCACUCCAUCCAUCGUCCACUCCAUCCAUCCAUCGUCCACUCCAUCCAUCCAUCGACCCACUCCAUUCCCACGGGCUCUCCUAUUCAAUCGGAUCCCGUCCCGUCCUCUCCCGGGUUCCCCCUCAGCCGCCAUCAUCACGAUCGUCACGCUUUCCUACACUCUCCCGCCUCCGAUUCUCGCCGAUGCUACCUAUGUUCCCUCUGCCAAAGCACAACCGCCAUAGCCUGAAAUACACAGCGUUCACAAAAUGAAACGAGCUAUCCCUUAUUGUAACCGUUCGGUCGGGAAUACCCACACAUCCAUAUCCA